ACAAACUUUUAAGGAGUUUAUCUCUGUUUAAAGAUAUAAAUUUAUUACAAAUUAUUUUAAAGUGAUAAAACAUAAAAAUAUGAGUGAAAUACCUCCCCAGCGUCAAAAGAUACCAAAAGAUGGACCCGGCCCAAGAGGCGUCCCAGACUGUUACUAUACGUCUCGAGUAUUGAACUCAACAUUCCGGUACGUGAAAUUUAUUCGGAAACUAAGAGCCGAGGAAGAGGAUCAAAGGAAAGGAGCUGAGAAUAAGCUAAAGGAGUUGAAAGAUCUACAGAAUAGCGACUUUUUUAUACGAUGCGAUAGACGAUCGCUCAUAAACAAUGUGGCUCGGCGAGUUGACUUGUGCAUGGCUUCUUAUCAAGAAGAUCUCAAACAAAAACGAAAAAGGUUAAUAGAUCUCUACGCCCACGAAGAGGAAGAAAACAUACGGAAGUUCGUGAUGCAAGCUCAAGCGGGCGCUGAACAGGUGUGGCAAGAAAAGAUGGAUCGAUUAAAAUACCUGCUGGAGAAACGGAAGAAAGAACAAGAAGAAAAGUAUAAAGAUACGCCGCUGUCGAAAUGCGUACAUGUUUUGCCGUGUAUAUACAAAUUACGUGCGAAAGAAGCGCAGGAAAUCCAACUGUACCAGAUAAGAGAGAAACAAGCGAGGAAGAUGGCGGAGUUGGAGUUUGACAAGAUGUGGCAUGAAGUCGCUUUGAAGGAGUCAGAAGCCUUGGCAGCUCGAAUGGAACAAGAUACGAUAGAGAGAUUACGCCGAGAUCUAGACUGCAAGCGCUACUCAGAUUUGCAAUUGGAACAAAGACGAAAACAGAGAGAGAAAGAAAAAGAGAUGCUGAAAGAAGAAGCGAGAAGAUUUAAGGCUUUAUGGGAUGAAGAUAUUCGGAAGGAAGAAGAAGCUGAAAGACAACGUGCUGAGAAACGAAAGGAAACAGCGUUAGAACGAAAACAAAUGAUAGAAGAGAGGCAAGAAAAACUGGCCCAGCAAAAGGCUGAGGCCAGGUUAAUAUCCGACACGUGGGACUCGCUCGCUGGACAAGGCUUGGCCGACGAAUUUGCUGCGAUUGAACUGAGGAGAACAAAAGAGAGAGAAUUGGAUGAAUGCAACAAAAAGAUGAUAGAGCUAAAAAAACAAUACGAAGAUUUAGAAAAAUCAAUUGAGGCACCUCUAGCUGAAGAAGCCACGAGGAGACAAGAAUAUUUGGACCAGAAACGCUGCGAAUACCUCGCUUGGGCUCAGAAAACUAAUAAAGAAGUCCGACAAGCAAUGGUGGAUCAAAUCAAAGAGCGGAAACAGGCUAAAGAUGUGUUAAAACAGAAAAUAGCUGAAGAAAAUGAGUACCAUAGACAACUGUUUGAACAGCUGAAACAGUUGGUCGACCAUAAGCAACUUACUGACGCACAGAGUAGAAAACAACAUCAACAAGAAGUUCUAGAACAGAUUGAAUAUAAUAAAUUAUUGAAGGAACGGGCUCGUCAAGAAGAAAUGGACCAAAUAAAAAAAUGCCAGAUCGCGACUGAAGAAUACCAACAAGAAAUAAAUAAAAUGUUAUGCAGACCUUUCUUCAGCGAUGAAGUACAUCCAUUCAUGAAACAAAUGGCGAAAGGACUUAAAAUGAAAGAUAAAUGUCCGUGUUCACGGCCCGAUUAUUGUAAAUAAAAUGCUUUUUA